UCGAGCGAUCUGAGCUGAUCUGGGGUCAGUAUGAGCUGCUGCUCUUCAUGAUGCUGCCGCUGAGGAAUGAAGACAGGAGCCGAUACACAACAUUACACGGGCCUCGAGCGUCUCUAUAACACUGCCCUUUUGUCUUGGGGAUGUUAUUCAUGUUGAUCGGACCGAAGCAGAUGAACUAAUGACUGGAGCUUCAACACACAGCCGCAACAAAAGCAAGCGCGUGGACCCAAACCCCGGACUGAGCUUUUCCGUCAGGAUCAUGGGAGAGAAUGGUCCUCUCACGGAGACAGCCAUGCUCUUUGAGGACGAGGAAGAAGACGUGGACAAACUGGGCCGAGAGGAGGAGGACGAGGACAAGAUGCCGCGGUUCGAGCAGGACGACGACGAGCUGAUCUCGGGCCCGUCGUCGUCCUCGGGCCGCAUCUACGACCGCACGACGGUGCUGAUCGAGCAGGACCCGAUCCGGCUGGACGAGGAGGGCGAGGAGGACGGCAUGGCGUUCGGGGAGGGCGAGGGGGACGAGGGCUCGCUGGCCUUCAUGUGUGACCCCGAUGGCAUGUCGCAGGGGUACAUUCACCACACCAUCUCACCGGACCAGAUCCAGUUCAUCAUCAACCCCGGGUCGACCCCUAUGCCUCGCAACAUCGAGGGCGCCACGCUCACGCUACACUCCGAGUGUCCCGAGACCAAGCAGAGAGAGGUGAAGCGCUACCAGUGCAUGUUCGAGGGCUGCACGCGCACCUACAGCACGGCGGGGAACCUGCGCACGCACCAGAAGACACACCGCGGCGAGUACACGUUUGUGUGCAACCAGCAGGGCUGCGGGAAGGCCUUCCUCACGUCCUACAGCCUGAAGAUACACGUGCGCGUGCACACCAAGGAGAAGCCCUUCGAGUGCGACGUGCAGGGCUGCGAGAAGGCCUUCAACACACUCUACAGACUGAAAGCACACCAGCGUCUGCACACGGGGAAGACGUUCAACUGUGAAUCCGAGGGAUGCACCAAGUACUUCACCACGCUGAGUGACCUGAGGAAACACAUCCGCACACACACGGGGGAAAAACCCUUCAGGUGUGACCAUGAUGGCUGUGGUAAGGCUUUCGCUGCUAGUCAUCACCUGAAAACACAUGUGCGGACACACACUGGAGAGAAGCCGUUCUUCUGUCCGAGCGACGGGUGUGAGAAGACCUUCAGCUCUCAGUACAGCCUGAAGAGCCACAUCCGGGGUCACGACAAAGGCCCGGCGUUCACCGUGAGCGCUCAUCCGCUGUCAGAGGAUGCGAAUCACUCGCUGUGCCUCAGUGAUUUGAGCCUCAUUUCCACUGACUCUGAGCUCCAGGAGAACCACAAUUCUCAGGGUUUGGAUCUGAACAGCGUCACCCCCAUACGAAUCUUUGAGCUGAUGUUCCAGAGUCCUGAGAACAGUGUCAGCCAGGACGACCCCAAAACCACAGAUCAGCCCGGCGAGGUGUUCGGCCUGGACCCGUGUCCUCCGUCAGCCUCAGACGGGUUCCCUCCGCCCUCUUCAUCCCCCAUCACAUCACCUGAGGCUCAGACUCCGCCCACCUCACAGCCGGCUCCGCCUCCUGCCGCCGGCAGCUCGUCACUGACUCCGCCCACCUCAUCUCUCUCGCCAGAAGUGCCCAUCGCUCCAUCGGCUCCACCCGCUCCACCGGCUCCCUCAGUCGCGCCGCUCUUCGUGGCUCAGCCGGGGUCGACCGCGACUAGCGCCUCCGUGACCGCGGAGGUGACACACACAGUGCCUUUGGCUCCUCCUCUUCCUCCUCCUCCUCCUCCUCCUACGAUCACCAUCGCCCCCACCCUCGGCCUGCAGCCCAGUAUCGUCAUGUCCGAUCAGAACCUGCAGUGGAUCCUCAGCAGUGCCGCCAGUGCGCAGCAGAACCCAGAACAACAGGGUCCAAAAGUAGAGAAAGUCUUUUUUACAACGGCCAUACCAGUCGGUGGACAUUCAGGGAACGCAGUGCAGCAGAUCGGCCUGAGCCUGCCGGUGAUCAUCAUAAAGCAGGAGGAGUCCUGCCAGUGUCAGUGUGCCUGCAGAGACUCGGCUAAAGACAAGAGCACCGUCUCCUCAGUGGAGAAGACCAAGACCACAUCACCUCCUCCUGCUCCUCCAUCUCUCCCUGAGGAUCCUCCAUCAGAGCCGCCCCCCGACCCCGUGACCCCUGACCCCCCCGCCGACGGCCUGGACCUGCUCAGCCCGGAGACCACGGCCAACAUCGAGGCCCUGCUGGACCAGUUCCCCAGCGGCGCCCCCUAGAGGUUCAUCUGUACCGUGUACAGAUGCGUAUCUCACACACACCAUCCAAACCAGUGGGUUAUGGUGCACUUUGAAGGCAGGCAGAGCAGUUUAGGGCACCAGGCAGAGUAGCUUCUCAUUGUGCUUAGGGCUGCACGAUUAAUCGACAUUUACAUGUAAUCGCACUUAAAUCGAGUUGGCUAUUCGUGAUGUUGAAGUGGCAAAGGCUGUGAUUAUUAGUCAUGUGCAGCGUGUCAGUGAAGCACGGCUCAGUAAACGCGGCUCACUCUGAAAGCACUGCGAGUUUCAGUCGCUUAUAACG